UGCCCUGCAGGCUCAAGGCUACAUAUACUGAGUCGAAGGCAGGCAGACAAAGGCACCGAGAGAUCCCCGAUAAGGCGAAAAUUAUCUGCGUCUCCACGAAUCGAGCUAGUGAUGUCGUGGUGGGGCAACAACAGGUCGCACUUCAGCGACACCCAGGGCCAGGGCCAGGGCCAGUACACGGUCAGCCAGCACGAAGGCACCGCCAAGAGCCGCUCCCCGAAUAAGAAGCAGCUGCCGGCCGGCAACAAGAAGUCCUCCUCCGACGACGCCGACUACAAGACGUCCUACGGCGCCAACCACGACAACAACAACAACUACAACGGCGGUUACAGCGCCGGCUACGGCGACAACAACAAUAACAACUACAACAACGGCUACAACAACGGCAACGGUGGCAUGACGCCCUACUACGGCAACGGAGGCGGCUACAACAACAGCAGCAACUCUUCCUACGGCGGCAACGGCGACAGGGACGGCUACAACAACAACUCUUCUUACGGCGGCGGCGACGGGUACAACAACAACAGUCCGGCUAGCUGGGCGGCUCCCGUGGAUCAUCAAGGCGGUCGGACCCCGAUGUACAUAAGUACCAGGGAGGUCCACUUCUAUGGCGGGCCGCAGAACGACGGGGAGCACGACGGCGAACAGAGGCGGCGAGGCGGCGGCGGAGGAGGAUCAUCAGGGUUCUUCGGGCCGGCCUUGGGCGCUGUCGGUAAUUUCGUGGACCGCAAAUUCGGCCUCAACGACAAUUAAUCCGGCCGGCCGCUCAUAUGGAUGCAUGCAUUUAUGCAUGUGUCUGUGACAGUGCAUAUAUACGUGCGUGUAUAAGUAUAGACGACGUGCGAUUUGAUCAGUUUAAUUGCUUGGUGCUCGCGUUGGGUCGAUCGAUGGAUCGAGUAAUUGGGUCCUGCUGCUGCUGAACUUUGUUGUAGUACGGGCCGGCCGGCGUGUGUGUGCUCGUUCCAGGUGUACUCGUGCCAGUAAUACGUGUUUCCAUUCUGCAGUGAUAUUGUGUACUGUGGACGUUGGUUUGUAUACUGAAUACUACUCCUAUCAUAUGAUAACUUGAUCUGUAUCUGCUAUGCAUUGUUUAAUGCAGAUGUUGUAUAUAUUUGUGCCUGUUUUGGUGCGGUGUGCUUAAA